AUGGCUUCUACUCCUAAACAAGUGAACGGCAAUGCAUCGCCGAGCAACGGUCCUCUGGGAAAGCGAAAAAAAUCCAAAGGAAGUAAAAGUUCCUAUUUAUCGAAAUGGCUGGAUAAAACAAUGCAUCAUAUUCAGGAAUCCGCUCCAGAUGGAUAUGAUAAUCAACGAACGAAUUCAAAUUGGUCUAUGUGUCCUUCACCAAUUGUUCCAGGAUACGAUUCCCAUCGCUUAAUGUACGGGUCGAAUGAACCGAUGUCCUUACCAACCUUGCCCAUGCACUACAACCCUAUGAUGCACCAUUAUCCGGAAUACAGGCCACAGCAUUUCGAAAACAAGAGUAUUCAGGUGCAGCGACCUAGAAUACGACGGCGGAGUAAAAAUAGAGCAGAAGAACUUUCUAGUGUACCAGCAGAUGUAGCUAAUCAAAAUUACAUGCAACCAAAGAAUUUUUCUGAUAGCCAAGACUUUGCAAGCUUGCCACCUAUUGUCACAUCUACUGGGGACACAAAUUCAAAUAGUGAUUUGCUUAAUGAUAAAGAUGAUGGUAGUAAUAAUAGACGGUACAGUGAUCCUUGUAUGCGAGGUAUACAAGGUGCAGAAGAACAAGCCAAUGGAGAAUCAGACUCUGAAUCUAGUUCUGGUGUGUCUGGGAGUCAGGUUGGAAGCAGACUAUUGUCAUACUUGCUUGACCAGAUAACGUCACUGAAAAUCGUUAAUGAAAGACUUAAUAAGGAAUUACAAGAAACAAGAGCUGAAUUGGAUAGUUAUCAACCUCAAAGUUUUUAUGCGAAAGGUGCAACAAAUAUGGGUGCUGGAGGUGGGCAGUAUUCACCUGGAUAUCUCACAGAGCUGGUGCGGGAAAUAAGAGAUGCCACACGCAUCAGAGAAGAAGCUAUGUACGCGCGCCUGCGUACCUUGGUGCUAGAGAGAACUGAUAGCGGUUCAGGGUCAGCCACAUCAGAAUCAAAAGUUGCUGAACGGAAUCUUGAAGAAAUCAAGGCCUCUCUGCGAGCGUCGGAUGCGGACAAGCGAUGCAUGAUGGAUCGUAUCAACAAAUUGGAAGAUGAAUUAAGAAUCCUAAGGGUGUCUAAUGGUUUGGAGGAUAAUAGAAUGUCAAAUGGUACUAGCGAAGACGAAAGUGAACGGAUGCGGCUGCGCAGGGAAAUUGCAGAACUGCGCAAAUCGAAACAAAACUCCGAUGACAACGUUCUCAAACUAGAACGUCUUAUCACACAGUUGCGGUCCAAAUUCAACGGCAUUAUGUCGAACGGACCGGAAUCUAUCCCCAGCGAUCACGAUGAGAUGCGCACUCGCCGUCUAAGCGCUAACUCAACUUUCAUGUGCGGGCCAGUUACAGAUUUGUAG